GGCAAUAUCUGCACAUCACCAUUAGGCCGACACAGACCCGACGCAGUGUGAAGAAAAAGUCCCCGUCAGAAUUGUUUGGGAGUUCAACAGUGACCUAUAAAUGUGGGAAGUCAUGAACCACCCCCUCACGAACAAACACAAAUGUGUUAGUGAGGGGCCGCACCACAAGCACGUUUCCUUAUGUGUCACUAAAACGCCUUAAUGCUCAAAACCUUACGCUCCCACUUCAACAGCUUUUGGUCUAAUAUUUACUAAAUCAUUACAAAGGGACAAAUAUCUUUGCUCCACAUCAAAGUUAUACUAUAUGAAACUGUCUUUUGGUUUCAUUAAGUGAAUAAACAUGUCACACCAGUCUCUGUGUGGCGCCUCUCAGUUUUCCUCUACAUGCCGUUCGCUUUGCUGUCCGCCGAUAGCGCCACCUACUACCCAGCCUCGCUUCCUCCACUUUGUCUAACCACAGAUCUCUGCAUAGGAAAAAAAAAACUCCAUCGCAUCUUCACUACAAGCCCUGCAAAGGGAAAGCCCUGAGCCUGACGUGCCUCACACAGAGAUGCAGAAGACACAUUUGGACAGUGAGCGGUCAACACAUGCUGGGAUGGAGGUUCAGGCCAGAUCCUCUCAUAAAUACCUGCUGCUGCAAGUGUGGUGUGGUCUCCUCACGGUCACCAUGGUGGUUAUGGCGGCACUUCUGGUUUCAAUAAAAUCCAAGUCUACCGAGGAGGUCUCUAGGUUAAGGCCAGACAAUCCAACAGCUCACCCUACAGUCAUGCCCUCUGCCACACGGUUGAAAUCAGUAGGAUCUUCCCUCUCAUACAUCCAGUUAAUCAAGUCUCAAAACAAUUCCUGGGAGGUAACGCCUGAAUAUAAACUAUGCUCCCUCCUCCUGCGCAACAACUCUAUCUCCUGCAUGGAAGACAGCUUGUACUUCAUCUACGCCCAGGUCACCUUCUCCAAAUUCUCCAAGAGUAAUUUAAACAAAUAUGUGACAUUGCGCAGAAACCCAAGACCUGGUAAAGAAGGCAGGAAACUGGUGGAGGGAGUCUUCCCGAGCACGACAGACAGCUCCGUGUGGGUGGCGAAGGUUGUCAAGCUUCAGAAAGAAGACGUCGUCAGCUUAGAGAUCACAGAUGAUUGUUUAAAUGAAAACACAUUUUGGGGAGCAUAUCAGCUUUAAAAGUACUGCAGGGCUCUAGCAUUUGUUAUAAUUAUCAUUAUGAUAAGAUACGAUACGAUAAGAUAUAUAUGACAUGACACGACAUGUCAUAGUUACCUUGUACCUUGUAGCCACUACUCUGCUGUUUAUUUGAUAUUAAAUAUGUCUAUAGUCAUUCAAAGUCAGUGCAUGAUAAAGCCCUAAAGGCCCUAAUCUAGCUCCACCUAGGGACCCAAUUGGAUCCCAAGGGCUGCAUAGAGUUAAAACACGUUUUACAUUUUAGACUUUAUUGAUUUUGUUCAACUUGAUUGCGUAUUGAUAACAAUAUGUCUUCUGUAAUUUAUGGUGGAUUAAUAUUAUAUUAGUUUAACAAUAUUGGAAUGUGGUGAGUUCAAAGAAAAAUAAAUGUAUAAUAUCUCACAGU